AAGUGAAAGCAAAACAUUUCCUCUCCCACAAGAUGCUUCUGCUUCAAGAGGAGGAGGAACUUUAAACCCUAUAUUCAGUCAUUCUAGUUCCCUUUUCUACCAGUCACCAUGAAGACAGCAGCGGUCCUCCUGGCUCUCUCUCUCCUCCACACCUGCUCUCCUGUUCCCAUCAGACGUCCACCAAACUGGCUUAGACAAUGUCGAGCCUCCACCAACCUCUCCAUCACGGCACUGGAGGUGCUGCCAGGUGGAGGCUGGGACAACCUCCGGAACAUGGACAUGGGUCGGGUCAUGAAUCUCAGCUACUUUCAGUGCCAGACCACUGAAGACGGACUCUAUCUCAUCCCAGACGAAGUGUUCAUCAUCCCUCACAAGGAGACGGGCGUGGAGACCAGCUCAGAGAUCAUCAGCUCCUGGCUGGAGCAGAAAAGCUCCACAUCUGAGACCAUUAACGCAGACAUAUCCUUCACUUCUGUGCUGAAUGCUAAAUUUUCUACUGAGAACCAGAAAAUGAAAACGCACCAGGUCAAAGACUCUGCAACUACAACUAGAGUGCAGGUUCGUAACUUCAUCUACACAGUCAAGGCUUACCCAGACUUUGCUCUAGACGAACGUUUUGCUCAACAAGCCAAGGAAAUCGCUGAUGCAAUAGAAAACAACCAGACGAGGAACGCCGACUAUCUCUCAGAGAGGAUGGUUCUAGAUUAUGGAACACACGUGAUCACUAGUGUUGAUGCAGGAGCUGCUUUAGUGGAGGACGACUACCUUCGUUCGUCAUAUGUCUCAGACAGUGUGUCAGACCAGACCACCAUCAAAGCACAAGCUGGUUUUAACUUUUUUGACAAACUAAAGUUUGACAUCAGCAGUCAAAGUACCCAACAGAGCUCCUCCAGCCAAACAUAUCAAACCAACCUUCAGUACUCCUUAAUGCAAAGUCAUGGGGGCACACCUUUCUAUCCUGGCAUCACUCUGCAGAAGUGGCAGGAAAAUAUCAGGAACAACCUGGUUGCUAUCGAUCGGUCUGGAUUCCCACUUCACUACUUCAUAAACAUCAACACCUUACCUGAUCUGCCACAGCCCACAGUUGGAAAAGUGUCUCUGAGAGUCAGUCAGGCCAUAGAGCGAUACUAUGAAGUCAACACCCGCCCUGGCUGCGUAGACGUCAACUCCAAGAACUUCAACUUUCAGGCCAACGUUGACGAUAGUUCCUGCGACGGUCCUGCCACAAACCUCAGUUUUGGUGGCGUCUAUCAAGUGUGCAUCAAGAUUAGUGCAGAUGCUGAUCCACUUUGUGAUGCUCUGGCCCAGAAAAACCCAGAAACAGGCGGCUUCUCCUGUCGUCCACCUUAUACCCAGACUCUACUGAGAUCAGAAAUGAGACAACAGGGUUACCACAAGUAUGAGUGUUACGACCAGAGAUAUAGAUGUGGGCUUUUCCAUCUUUCACACUGCCAUCGUCAAGUGUGUCAGAACAACUACUAUGUUCAAUCUGCCCGAAUCAACACAUACUGGUGCUCCGUCAGUGGAAAGGCCCCAGACAACUCAGGGUAUCUCUUUGGAGGCAUAUACAGCCCGUCCCUCCUAAAUCCCAUCACCAAUGCUAAAAGCUGCCCCCCAAACUUCAUUCCAGUAAAAUUUCUCUCUGACGGCCAGAUCAUCUGUGUGAGCAAUGACUAUGAAACCGGUACCAGGUAUGCAGUACCCUUUGGAGGCCUCUUCAGCUGCCAGUCCACCAACCCAUUGGCAGGGUCUAAACGUCGCUGCCCUCCCAAGUUCAGUCAGCACCUUGCUACCGUGAGCGACGGCUGUGAAAUCCUUUACUGUGUCCAGUCAGGUCUGUUCACAGGUGGAAAGCUGCAGCCAAUCCGUCUGCCCCCAUUUACUAAACCUCCACUUAUCAGCAUGCAAGCUACCAACACAGUGUUGGUGAUGACUGAGGGAGAGCAGAGCUGGGUCAGAGUGGGGCAGACCAAGAUGUGGAAACUGGCCAAACCAGACGAAAUCAAGGCGAUUGUAGAAAAGCUUAAUCCAGAACUGAAUGAGAUGUCCAGUGGAGAGAAGGCAGGAGUCGCCUUUGGGGUGAUUGGCCUGGUGGCACUGGUGGUCAUAGUGGCGGUCCUGAUGAAGAGACCGGGCAGACGCUCUGGGUUUGGAGCACAGAGAGGUUAUGAGGAAAUACGCGGAGAAGUCGAGGAAAAUGAAGUCGAGUACGAGACGCAGCAAAAUGAGGCCUGAACCGUCCACAGCACAGCAGCUGCAGAGAGUCAGGGCGUUUUAACGCAUUUCAUCUUUUCACGCCUCGAUUGUCAGCUUGGAAACCACUGUCGGAUGUCGUACCGUAAUGGACAAUUUCCACAUUUAAAAAAGAAAAUAAUCUAAUAACCACAGUAAUGCUUAAAAGCACAAUGUGCACUUUAAGUUGGGGUUAACUUGACAAAACUCAAUACUCCUAAAUCACAGGCACUAACAGCAGAGGAAGCUGACCUUUAAACCCAACAGAAGAAAAGCAGAAGUGCUUAGUGAGUUUACAGUGAACCAAUGGGGGCCUCUUGAGGCAAAUGUGCAAAUUGUUUAGAAAUGCGCUCAUAUAAAAUUAACACUUUGCUUCAUAGCCUGUGCAUAAAAUUAGGAUUAGAUUAAUAGAAAAUGCAUUCUAGAGCUCAAAGCGCUGCAUUAAACCAAUGAAGAUUCAUAAAUGUCAAUCAUUUCGUCUGUACCGUACAUCUUUAAUAAUUAAAGUAUUACAAAACAAACCAUGUAUGAUGACUUUCAUGCUGUAUACACAAAUAAACAAAUACUCACAUUGGAAAAUAAAUCUCUGUAUG